GUACUCGUUGAGUUCUGUUGUAUUACCGAGCUGGCUACCACGAACAAACCUCAUAUUUUAUAUUUAGAAUGUCUAAAAAUGGGCUUUUGUUGUUUACCUUAAUUUUCUUAGUUCAUAUUUCUUUUUAAAGAUUUUUGUGACAUCGAAAUGAAGAUAGAUUGUUCGGUAAAUAACUGUUCCUCCAUACAUAAUGGCAUCUUGGAUAGGGAAAGUGCAAAACCAAUUUAAAAAUGAACAAAUUAAUAAUAUUGUACUUACACAUGACUUACAGGAUUGUCUCGACGAUAGUGUAGAUAUCAAAUUUAAUGAUCUCUAUUCAAAUACCGAAAAUAUUUCUGAUAUUACUCAAGACAAAGAAAGCAAUAAUAAUCAAAAUGGUUUUGUUCAACAUACAGUAUCACUCGAUGAGAUAUGUAUGCAGAUCAAUCCUGGAUCAUCAAAUAAAAUGCCACAUGAACCUUCGCAUGCCACAUUGACAAUAACUUCAACUAAUCCAGAUACCAAAGAAACAAUAGUCAAUAGGUUUCAUUGCGACUAUGAGGGCUGUCAAAGGACUUAUAGUACUGUUGGAAACUUGAGGACACAUAUGAAAACACACAAAGGUGAAUACAGAUUCAAAUGCUCCGAACCAGAUUGCGGGAAGGCCUUUUUAACUUCUUACAGUCUAAAGAUCCACAUAAGAGUGCAUACAAAAGUGAAACCGUUUCAGUGUAGAGAAACAGGAUGCGAAAAAGCUUUCAACACAAGAUACAGAUUGAGGGCUCACGAACGCCUACAUAAUGGUAAAACUUUCAAUUGUGAAUCAAAUGGAUGUAAUAAAUUUUUUACAACUCUCAGUGAUCUCAAAAAACACAUUAGAAUCCAUACACGAGAAAAACCAUAUAAAUGUAACGUUACUGAUUGCGGUAAAGCCUUUGCUGCUAGUCAUCAUCUAAAAACACACAUUCGGAUACACACCGGCGAGAAACCUUAUGCCUGUAAAGAAAAUGUAGAAUGUACAAGAGCCUUUUCGACCCAACAUAGUUUAAAAAGUCAUAUAAAAACGCAUCAACGACAUGAAAAGUACUUUAAUCCUGAAACUGCCGUUAAAUCUGAUGAAGGAAAAGAAGUGGCUGCCAAGAUACACAUAUCCACACCAGUGGAAGGGGAAAAUAACCAAAAUGAUUAUGUGGAAAUUCAACAACAAAAUUUGGAACCAAUCACACAACCGACCAUAAUAGAUACUACAAACUGUCCAAAUAUUAACUUUGAAAAUAUUUAUUACAAUGUAACAACAGUGCCAUCGGAUAGUUUAAUAAAUGACAAUUACAUAUUGAACGAAGCGAUACCAGAAAAGCACGCAGCUGUCAUAGAAGAGGAAUUCGAAAUGGCCAACAGACUUAAAGAUUACGCUACAGUCACCACAGAAAAUAUACCGCUUCAAUUAUUAUUCAACAUCGGAACUGAAAAUAUAGAAAACGUUAAAGAAAACGAGGCACUAAUUAACACUAGAGACGAAUUAGAAAAUAAUUCAAUUAUAUCGGAAUUCCAGAAUUUAGACGAUUUAACAGCAAAUGUGGAGAAAAAUUUCACUUUUGAUUUAAAUACCGACAAAGAAGCGGAUUCGACGAAGAUAUCUGAUAAACAAAUUAGUACAACAACUAACAACAACGUAGAUUUACUUGACCAAACAGAUUGGAUCGAUUUAGUAACUGGCGCUUCACAACUUGUACUCGAUAAACAAACCACCACUACCAGCACUAAUGAUUUAGAUUCCUAUUAUAUGCUAGAUGACAUCAGUUUGCCACAAACUACUGCAACUGCAGUAUUACAAAAAGAUAAUCUCCAGAAUACAGAUACAAAUUGGAUUAACAAUAAUACAACUUCAAAAUGUUGCAAUUCCCAAACGAAUAAUUUCUCCGAAUACCCUACAAAUUCUAACAACGACUGUAAUCAAAGUGAUCACGUGUCUAGUACUCCUAUAAUGACUUAUUUACCUCCCACUAGAACGAAUUGUUGUAAUAACGUUGUCAAUUAUACUUGUUGCGGAAACGGAGGUAAUUGUGGUCAGCAAUCAGUAACAAAUCCCGUCGAUAAUAUUUUGAGUCAAACCCAACGUCAAUUGGCCGGUUGUAAGUCGAAACAAAAUUCGAAUCACAAUUGCGCCGAAAAAGGGGAUCAAUGUUGCGUGGUUGUUUGUCUAAAGACUAUCGAUCAAUUGAAGCAGAUGCUUACAAUCGCUUCAGGUUGCGGCAAUUUUCAGACUUUAACGUUAGGAUGUAUGAAUAGUAAUAAUUUGGGUGUGUAACCGUGAUAUUAGCAGUAACUACGGGUGCUAUUUGUUUUUUUUUUAGUCAUAGUUUGUAAGAAUCACACAGAAAUGCCAAAUAACUAACUUUUUCUUUCUUCUUUAACCGGCGCUACGGUCCUUUGAGAACUAGGGCCUUCUGAACAAUCCUGAGCAUGGUGUUUCCAACGUUGAAUUCAUAGUUGAAUUAGGUCCGUCUCUAACGAAGGAGCUGUCUUAGCUCAGCAUUCCUUUGGAUCCUCCACGCGCCGUUCUCGCAAACAGGGCCAAAAAUAUUUUGUAGGAUUUUACGCUCCCGGCAGUUCAAAAUCCGCUCACUUGUCGUCAUAGUCCAUGUCCGUAUGUGACUACAGGACGGAUUAUUGUCUUGUAAUUUGUGAGCUUUGACCUUCGCGAGAGUCGUCUAAACUUCAGCGCUCUCUGGACUGCCCAGAAGCAUCUAUUCCCACAGCAACUCUUGUUGAUACUUCAUUAUCUUCAGUUAUCAAGGCCGCAAGAUAUUUGAAUCGGUGGUACACAGGGAAGCGAUGUUCUCUGACUUGGAAUUUGGUUUGGGAGGUCGGGGUUCUCCUUGAGGUUCUCGUGUACAUGGUUUUGAGUCCUCUUGCUUCAGGUGCUCGCUCGAACUUCCCAACCGUUCCCGAAAGAGCCGAAAUGGUUCGUGCCAUAAUGUGAACAUUAUCCGCAUAGGCGAGGUGCUGUGUGAGCCUAUUUCAAGUAGUUCCUCCGAGUUUAGUUCGGAUGUUCUUUGCGGCACUAACUUUUUCAUUUGUUUUUUUUUUAUUUAUUGUGUUAAAGCUAGUAUUAUAUAUUUUAUUUGAAAUAUACUCUUCUAAAGUUA